GGACUCCUCAUAAUCCGGGGAGCGGGGACGGGGAACCGUCCGCCCGUGUUACGUACUCCUGUCCCGAGUCCGAACCCCGCCGCCCCCCCCCCCUCCCCUCCCCUCCCCUCCCCUCCCGUGCCGGAGCCGGAGAGGAAUCGACGAUACCCUAGAUAUAUAGCAGCCGAAUAGAGAGGAGGAGGAGAUCAGGACAACCCAAAUCACACCAACCCUAGCAAGAUUCGAUUCGUCGAUUCGUCUCUCUCUGUCUUCAUAAUCGCCAGGCACAGGAAGGAAGACGAACAAGAUCCACCGCAUCCAAUGGCAGCAGUAGCUGCGCUCCGUCGUUCUGUGGUCACCAAGAUGGCCCGCGCACCGCCUCGCCUUCCAUCUGCACUAGAUCGCCAUGGCCGCCUUCCAACGAGCUCCGGUGGCCCUUUGGUUUCUAGAUUCUCCACAUCUACUGGUGGUUCUGGUUCUACGCCGCCGCCUGACAACCUCAGGGGUCCUCAAACUUAUAACAACAAACUUUCCAGUGGCAAUGCGUGGCACGCGUUUAUGGCUGGAGUCAACGAUGCUGCACCCAAGGCAGCUUACGCUCUGGUGUUCUGUGGCUCUGCUUUUAUAUAUUUUUAUGUCAUUCCGGCACUGGACCGUAUAACCACCCAAAUGGAAGCCCUCCGUCACAAUUUGCGCGCCUUAAAUGAAGAGAUGAACAAACAAAAUGAACAUGAAGCUCUCAAUUCUAUGGGAAGUCAGAUUGAAGUUAGAGAUGAAGUGGGCGAAUUUUUUAAAGGCCAAAGGAUACAAGCAUCAGCAUCUAGGACAAGUUAAGGAGCAUCUGUGAUGCCAAGCAGAAAGGAUAAGGAAGACAAGAAACGUUAUGACAUUGACAAUGGAGGACAAAAACGAGUAAUAUAUUUGUGAUUGUGUUUUUGUUUGUGAUAAUAAUUGGUUAUCAAAGACAAGUGUAUCUCCCCCUUUGCUGAGGUGGUGAUGACAAUGGUUUGUGACAAGUGUAUUUCCAGUAUCUGUUACCUGUGCGGCUAUAGUAAAAAUAUUUUCCAAUGCUCUAGACAUGAUGAAUGAAUCUAAGCAAGUAAUUGUGACAUGUA